GGGAGGCGGAGGCGCUGGGGUCCAACUGCUGAAGCGUCUCCAUGUGACAGUGACCGGAGUCCUAACUCCUGGCGCCGCCCGAUUCUGGCUUCUGACCCCAAACACUGUCCCCCAUCCCGGCGCCAGCAGACAACAGCAGACCAGGACGCUUGGUGUGUGGCGGUGCCGCUGGAGGAAUCGCCCCGGCGCGGUCAGGCGUCUGAGGGACCCCGCGGAGACCCCGGAGUCUCCGGAGAGAGGGGGAGCGGCGAGCCGAGCGGGGAUUUCUGUCGGCGGAGCACGCGGAGACAUGAAUGGCUUCACGCCUGAGGAGAUGAGCCGCGGCGGGGACGCGGCCGCCGCAGUGGCCGCCGUGGUCGCCGCCGCCGCCGCGGCCGCCUCGGCCGGGAACGGGGCAGGGGCCGGCGCCGGGGCUGAGGUGCCGGGUGCCGGGGCGGUGUCGGCCGCUGGGCCCCCGGGCGCGGCCGGGCCGGGCCCCGGACAGCUGUGCUGCCUGCGGGAGGACGGUGAGCGGUGCGGCCGGGCGGCGGGCAACGCCAGCUUCAGCAAGAGGAUCCAGAAGAGCAUCUCCCAGAAGAAGGUGAAAAUCGAGCUGGAGAAGAGCGCAAGGCAUCUUUACAUUUGUGAUUAUCAUAAAAACUUAAUUCAGAGUGUUCGAAACAGAAGAAAGCGAAAAGGGAGUGAUGAUGAUGGAGGAGAUUCACCUGUUCAAGAUAUCGAUACACCAGAGGUUGAUUUAUACCAAUUACAAGUAAAUACACUUCGGAGAUACAAAAGACACUUCAAACUAUCAACCAGACCAGGACUUAAUAAAGCACAACUUGUUGAGAUAGUUGGUUGCCACUUUAGGUCUAUUCCAGUGAAUGAAAAAGACACCUUAACAUAUUUCAUCUACUCAGUGAAGAAUGACAAGAACAAAUCAGAUCUCAAGGUUGAUAGUGGUGUUCACUAGGAGAGGUGGAAUUGAGACUAAGACUUGGAUGUUCAGAUGUUAAGACUGUUUACUGUUUUUUCACAUGUAGAAAUGUUUCUUGUGUAUUUUUUUACAGAGGAUUUUCUCUGGUUUUAUUUUCUUUGUUUCUGACUCUAAUAAUUAGUUGGAAACUCGUGUAAAAUGAGCUUUCCUAGAUUAAAAAAAUAUUUUAAAUAAAGGUGAUUACUAUUA